GGCGGCGCGCAGCUUGUGUCGUCCGCCAUUUUGUGCGAAGCAAGGUGGCAUCCACGUUCCCCGAGCGACUUCUCCGCUUCUGCCUCAACCGCCCCUUGACUGCAGCUAUGUCUCGGGAUCGGUUCCGGAGUCGCGGUGGCGGCGGCGGCUUUCACCGGCGUGGAGGAGGCGGUGGCCGCGGCGGCCUUCAUGACUUCCGCUCACCGCCGCCCGGCAUGGGCCUUAACCAGAACCGCGGCCCCAUGGGCCCGGGCCCUGGCGGCCCGAAGCCACCGAUCCCGCCUCCGCCUCCGCACCAGCAGCAGCAGCAGCCUCCGCCGCAGCAGCCCCCGCCGCAGCAACCCCCGCCGCACCAGCAGCCGCCGCCGCAUCAGCCGCCCCAUCAGCAGCCCCCGCCGCCGCCGCAGGACUCGUCCAAGCCCGUCGUCCCCCCAGGCCCCGGCGCUGCGCCCGGAGUGAGCCCUGCGCCGCCUCCCGCCGGCUCGGCCCCUCCCGCCAAUCCCCCGGCCACCGGCGCCACGCCGGGCCCGGGGCCCGCCCCGACCCCUCCGCCCGCCGUCACAUCCACUGCCCCCGGACCGCCUCCGCCAUCGACGCCGACCAGCGGAGUGGCGACCACCCCGCCACAGACCGGCGGCCCUCCGCCUCCACCCGCCGCUGGCGCCGGGCCCGGGCCUAAGCAAGGCCCAGGCCCGGGCCCAGGCGGCCCGAAAGGCGGCAAGAUGCCUGGUGGGCCUAAGCCCGGAGGUGGCCCGGGCAUGGGCGCUCCCGGUGGCCACCCGAAGCCACCUCACCGGGGUGGCGGGGAGCCCCGCGGGGGCCGCCAGCACCACCCGCCCUACCACCAGCAGCACCACCAGGGGCCCCCUCCCGGAGCGCCGGUAGCCCGCACAGAAGAAAAGAUAUCCGACUCAGAGGGAUUUAAAGCCAAUUUGUCUCUUUUGCGGAGGCCUGGAGAAAAAACUUACACACAACGCUGUCGUUUAUUUGUGGGGAACCUACCUGCUGAUAUCACAGAGGAUGAGUUCAAAAGACUGUUUGCUAAAUACGGAGAACCCGGAGAAGUUUUUAUCAACAAAGGCAAAGGGUUCGGGUUCAUUAAACUUGAAUCUAGAGCCUUGGCUGAAAUCGCCAAAGCUGAACUUGAUGAUACUCCCAUGAGAGGUAGACAGCUUCGGGUUCGCUUUGCCACACACGCUGCAGCCCUUUCUGUUCGGAAUCUUUCACCCUAUGUUUCUAAUGAACUGUUGGAAGAAGCCUUUAGCCAGUUUGGUCCUAUUGAAAGGGCUGUUGUAAUUGUGGAUGAUCGCGGAAGAUCUACAGGGAAAGGGAUUGUUGAAUUUGCUUCAAAGCCAGCAGCAAGAAAAGCAUUUGAAAGAUGCAGUGAAGGUGUUUUCCUACUGACAACGACUCCUCGUCCAGUCAUUGUGGAACCUCUUGAACAGUUAGAUGAUGAAGAUGGUCUUCCUGAAAAACUGGCCCAGAAGAAUCCAAUGUAUCAAAAGGAGAGAGAAACACCUCCUCGUUUUGCUCAGCAUGGCACAUUUGAGUAUGAAUAUUCUCAACGAUGGAAGUCCUUAGAUGAAAUGGAAAAACAGCAAAGGGAACAAGUUGAGAAAAACAUGAAAGAUGCAAAAGAUAAAUUGGAAAGUGAAAUGGAAGAUGCUUACCAUGAGCAUCAAGCAAAUCUUUUGCGCCAAGAUUUGAUGAGACGCCAGGAAGAAUUGAGGCGCAUGGAAGAACUUCACAGUCAAGAAAUGCAGAAACGUAAAGAAAUGCAGUUGAGGCAAGAGGAGGAACGGCGUAGAAGAGAGGAAGAGAUGAUGAUACGCCAAAGAGAGAUGGAAGAGCAAAUGAGACGCCAACGAGAAGAAAGUUACAGCAGGAUGGGCUACAUGGACCCAAGAGAAAGAGACAUGAGAAUGGGUGGUGGUGGAACAAUGAACAUGGGAGAUCCCUAUGGUUCAGGAGGCCAGAAAUUUCCACCUCUAGGUGGUGGUGGUGGCAUAGGUUAUGAAGCUAAUCCUGGAGUUCCACCAGCAACCAUGAGUGGUUCCAUGAUGGGAAGCGACAUGCGUACUGAGCGCUUUGGGCAGGGAGGUGCGGGUCCUGUGGGUGGACAGGGUCCUAGAGGAAUGGGUCCUGGAACUCCAGCAGGGUACGGUAGAGGGCGAGAAGAGUAUGAAGGGCCAAACAAGAAACCCCGAUUUUAGAUAUCUAGCCUUUCAUUCCAGUUUGUUUUUGUCUUUUCUUGUUUAGAUACCACUUUUAAAUUCUUGCAUUUUAGUAAGAAAGCUACCUUUUUAUGGAUGUUAGCAGUUUAUUGACCUGAUAUUUGUAAAUGGUCUGUUUGGGCAGGUAAAAUUAUGUAACGCAGUGUUUGCAACAGGAGAAAAAAAAUUCUUUUUAUUUACUUUUUUUUUUAAACUGUAUAAUGUUUCUCAAGUUAAUGGCAGUGUACCUUGUGCCACUGAAUUUCCAAAGUGUACCAUUUUUUUUUUACUGUGCUUCGAAUAAAUAGAAAAAUAGUUAUAAUAUUGAUCUUCAACUUUGCCAUUCAUGCUUCUAUGCACAUUUAGGCUAGGUAUUCCACUUGAAAAGCAUGAGCGUGUCUAGGCCUUUGAGUGGCAUAUGCCAUUUCUGGGAAAUGUAUCUGGAGGCUAAGUAUUGCUUUCUGCAAAUGGUGUUCUUCCCCCCUUGUUUUAAAAAGAAAUGCAUAUUGAAGUAGUUAGGAUUUCUUUGGCAUUAUAGGAAGCAAGCUGGUGCUAAGCAUUUUUAAAUGGUUAUUUUAGAAAAGUUGAACUGUAAAUCUUAAUUCAGGAACAUGUAUUAAGAUAUGGAAUGGGUAUAAACUACUGGUAGUGAGAGAAAGGGGGUUUGGUUAAACGAUCCCUUAUGGCCCUAUCUAUGAUCCUUUCCUUCAAAGCUUUUGAAAAUGGAAAGAUCAUCUUGUUGCAUUUCCCCUACUGUUUUGUUUAAACGAAUAAAUCCCAAGCCCUACAAUUGGCUUGUAUUGAACUUUUGCAUUUGAAUUAAAGAUUGUUAAACAUGAAGCCUUUCAUGUAUUACUUCAAGUGAUUUAAAAGAUUGGGAUUUAGUCUGAAGAGUUAAGGGUUAGUUAACCAUAAGGUAGGUUUAGCCUUAUUUACUCUUUAACAUACACCUCCUGUGCUACUUCUAUUGAGCAACAUCUGUAGUCUGAAAAAAAUUACUGGUUCUCUUUUAAGAGCUAGUUGACAAGAAGUAGGACUGUCAAUAACCAUUCUAACUAUGGAGUUGACCUGACCUGUUUUUAUAUCAUUCUUUUUAAUGUAGUACUAAACUUGGAGAGAGCUGCUCAGGCUACAUAGUAUACUCUUUCCUCCCACUGUAAGCUUGGGGGUGUUUCUAUGAUGUUAGUUGAUUGUCAACUUCAUUGAAUUUCUCAUUAGAACAAGAGACUUUCUGACUUGAUAAUAAUAAAGUAGAUUGUUUACUGUUGUCUUUGAGUAUAAUGGGAGCUUGAUUUUCUUCCCAGUGUAAAUAUGUUAAGAGGAAAAUCUUCUAACAGUAUGUAAAGGAAUUGAAUGGCUUGGCUCUGUUGUUAGUUACAUUUCCAUUCAACUCUAUACAUUAUAGAACUUUCACUAUGAAAUGUCUUCAUCCUUUUCACCUCUAUCCUUGGUGCUAAUUGGCAAAAGAAACUAAAUCACUUGCUGAGGUUGAGUAUUGUGCUUGAGUACAAAAGGAGACCUAUUGUGAAAAUAAUUGAGUACUUCAUGAAUAGGAAAUUACCGUAAUUUUUAAAAGUUAACACUAGUGGAUGAUUAUAAGCAUGCCACCAAGUGGUUUUAUGAUUGACAGGUAUAUGGUGUAUUAAGAGAGAAAAUCUCCUUAAGAAAUACAUUCAUUUUUCUUCACCAGUACACUUGGAAAUAGGUAGUUCCAUCAUAAUUUUAGCACUCGGAAGUUUUUGGCCCAAGUGAAGUUAACAAUUGAUGGUACAUAAAGGUUUUCUGUACGGAAGAAACAAAGGUCUGGAUUUGAAAGGAGGUCAUUUAGUUGAAUUGUAUAGUAGGGACCAUAAUAAUGAGAAAAUUGAGGGGUGUUCAUGGGACACCCAUAGAGGGUGAAUUUGAAUGUAUGUGGGUGGGGGCUGGAGGGGAAUGGGAAAAUCUGCCUAUAAAAUUAAUGUUUCAGUUUAUUUUUCAGAUUACAUGCCUUUCUUUAUAAGGGAUGCUGGCACAGACCCCUAAAAUAAGCUUUUGGUAGUAGUAUACCUUUGAAGAGUGGUGAAGGCUGCGUAAAGGAUAAUUUCCUGAGGUUGUGGCUUUGAUAGCCUUUAUUGUGGGCUGUAGAGUUGCUAAACCGUGUUUAGCAGAUAAGGUUGCAUAGUGUCAACCAACAUUGACUUUGAUCAGUGUACCAAGGGUUUGUAAACUACUGAGACUUACAACAAGUCUUACAUGUGAUGGUUUUAGCCUAAGAGUGAAUUUAAAUCAACUGGAGCAGUUGAACCAAAAGCUAAAAAUGAAACUUAGGGUGGGAGGGGGAGAUAUAAUAGGAUGUAUUUUAGACAUUUUCUCUUGGAAGAAAUCACUUGCACCUAUUUCUUCCUUAACUUCCUCAAAAUUAUGUUUGUAGGAUACAAUCAAAAAAUUUUUCUCCUUUUAAAAAAGUCAUUCUCAGCAGAGAGGUGGUGGCGCAUGCCUUUAAUCUGAGUAUUCGGGAGGCAGAGGCAGGUGGAUCUAUGAGUUUGAGGCCAACCUGGCCUACAAGAGCUAAUUCCAGCAAAACUAAGACUACAGAGAAGCCCUGUUUCAACCCCCCCUCCCCCAAAAAAAGGUUUUAAUCUCUAAGACAGUAAUAUAUUUGAUAGGCAUGCUAUAAGCUGGACCCAUUGCCAUACAUACAUUAUGUGGUGAGAGCAUAUUCUCUUGUCCUUAGGACAGUAAGUUCCUAAGUACAUUAAAACCCACCACUCUUUAUGUGUGUUGUACCACUAAUACAAACAGAUAAUCUGGGGAAUCUGUAGUGAUAAACCUGUGAAGUUCUUACAAGUGGCAUAGCAUGGCAGAUAAAAAAUUUAGGUAUUUGGCUUGGGCAAGCCACAAAGUUGUGGCGGAAUGUUUUGUGGUGUUCUUGGACUGCAAUUGUGCACUAUUAAAGUAGUGGCCUGCUACAUAACUGCGUUUAGCCAGCAUUUCUGCAGUGCGUAACUGUGAGGAACGUAGUACCGCAAAUGGCAAUGGACAUUAGGACCCGGAUGUAGUAUUCCUGCUUGCUCCAAGAUUCUCAUUGCCGACUGCAUACAGGUAGGUAACAAGCAAUAUAAUCUAACUUGGUGACUUGCUAUGUGCUUUUAUUCAGUGGGCAUUCUGACAUCACACUUCUGACAGUGAAAUUACAGUGCAGCACCUGAUACUUGUAUGAUAAGCUAGGUUAAUUCAAAAUCGGUGUGGGCUUAGAUCUGUAAUUUGUUAGGAAGAAUUCAGUGUUUGAGAUCUCAGAAAAAAAUGCAAACUUGAAUCUGGUGUGUCUUGAAGUUUUGUGUAUUUCUUUAGUUACAUUGUAACUGAAGAUAAAAUGGAACACAUCUGGUGGUGGGGGAGGGAAACAAACCAUACUUGACCUGGGGUGCAUAGCACCUUGGAGAAGACUUGUAGUAUGUGACAAUUAGUCUCCUUAGUAGCAAAACUUGGUCUCCCAUUGGUCAGCAGUGUCUAAUUCCAUGAUGCAAUCUUGGUAAUUUGUUUUGCAAGUUGAAUAAGACUAAAUGACACAGGGUCGAGGGGUGGGUUUUUUUUCUGGGUUUUAUUUUUUGUUUCUUUUUGUAAUGUGAUCAAAUUUUUCCAGAUACGGGCUUCAUGGGAACACUUACUAACAUGGGCUUAGAUGGGAAUCUUAUGAGCAGUUAAAGUUAUAUGGCUUGUCAAAGUAUGUUUAUACUCUAAACUUGGGGGAAAGUAGUGUGAAACUCUGGCUUUCCUACAGUUGAAAACAUUGGGAAUUGCUCCCCACAAUAAGACUUCGUCGUAUUCUGUAGAGUGAGUGCAUUGUUCAGAGUAGCUCUUUGAACUUCGUGCCCUAGUUUUAGGGAUGUGAUUGAUUCCAAUCCAAAACGUUUAAUAAUAAUCCCAGGAAUACAUAAGUCUUCAAAGCAUUUUCCUUUGUUGCUUAGGACUUGAGCUUUCUAUCCACUGUUGUUCUAGACCCUAAUCAGUUUAAACUUUGGUGUUUAGUAGGUAGCGUGCAUGAGAAAACAGCUUCCACUCAUAAUGCUUCCUACCCUAUAACUGGAAAUUUGGUUCCUUUUGCAUAUGUGCCGCUGAAUACGUCAGGACUGUGAGAAUUUUCUUUCACUGUAUCAAGAAAAAUGGCUUGCUUUUGGUCAGGCAAGUCAGAUGGUGGGGCAGAUUUGUAUUUACUCCAAGCAAACAACUUGUGAUUACUGAUAGAUGAAAACAAUGGUGACUUAGUUCCUUAUAGAAUACAAACCUACAGUGUGACUUGAGUAUCACUCUCCUGCCUGGAACCCUGAUGGGGGUAUUGCAGUGUCAUAGUCUGUUAAAUCGGUAGCACAAGCUUGCUACCGUGGCUCAGUUUGCGAUUUUCAAUGUUAACAACAAGAGCUCAGGUUUAUUCUGAACAGUAACAACUUGUAGAGAAUAUACUUGAUACAAUAUGGACUUAGGGAAUUUGGGGUGGGUGCUUUUUUUCCCCCCUAUUGGUCUGCUUUUUAAGAUUAGGCUUUUGUACUUCAGAAUGAGAAACCAUUAACUUAAGUAGAUUCUGGCUAGUUUAAUUUGUAUGUAGGUGUAAAUUGUGAAUCUUACAGUAUAUUGGGGUUUGAACCACUCAAAAAAAAACUGGGAAUUAAAUGGGUUUCAGUAAUACUAUAUACUGAGGUGCUUGCAUUGUGUUUCAUAACCUUGUUGCAACCAAAAUACUUUUUUUUAAAUGAAAACCUAGGUUCAGAGGUGUGAUGCCAGAAUGUAUUAUCAUACUGUUAGGCCCUUGGAGCAGAUCCCCGUGCUUUCUGAAAGAUGAAAGAGAUACAAUGGGUGCUCUUGAUAAAAGGCUGCUUGCAGCCUACCAGCAAUGCAUACUCUCACUCGCCCUAAUGAAGAGAUGCCUGUGAUUAGUUUUGGACUUUAAUGGGGGUGCAUGUCUCCUAUUGUUAAUCAUUGUCAGCUGCAGUGACAUGAUCCACAGUCCUGCAUUUACUGCUGCCUUUGUGUUAAUGAUUUUGGAUAGGUUUUAGAGCUCUGGGGUGUUUGUUCUGGGCCUUUUCUUGGUUUUGGCUUUAGCUGAUAAUGUAGUGCUGUCUAGCUAGUGCAGUUCUCAAAUGGCUCCCUACUAGGGAGAGAAUCCAGAGGAUUUAACUGCUCCUUUAUCAUCUGUCAUUGCUGCUAGAUAAUGAUUGGCAAUUUUUUAGAUGCAAAUGUGGAAAUCUCAACAGCUAUUGAUAACCAACCAUAAAAAUAGUGUUUUGAACACCAGUGCUGGAGAAAAAAUUGAAGAUGAAAAGGGCCUGGACAUAGAAUAGGGAUAAUUGGAGAAUGGGGAAAGAAUGCAAAACGAUAUAGUAUCCCUUAUGGAGGGUCCAUGUGCAACAGAACUAUCCCAUAUACCUGUGGCAGUAGUGAUACAGGCAGGAAGAAAAACCUGGAACUUGAAUUUAAGGCUGAGCUUUCUGUUUCUUGUGUACCGUGCCAGGCCAUUGACUUCUCCCUCAGAAAAACUUUCCUUGCUGUUCCAGUAAGGCAUAGCUUCCUUGCCCUAAUUUUAAAACACAGUGAGGACUUGGAGGACAAAGAUUGAGGCAAAUGCAUAGGGAUGCAGGGUAAAGAACUGCAGUGUUGUGUGCUGUGGGAAAGGGGCCAAAGCACUCCUGGAGGUUAUUCUACCUAGGGAUGAAAGCCAUAGCAAAUUGACUGGGGAAGCAGGGUGUGCUGUAGAGCUCAUGGCUCAAGCUCACUUAGUAAGGUAGACGUUGUCACACACCUUCACAUAAGGGAUAGUAUAUUUUGGGUUGCAGUCAAACUUCAUUGUGCUCAGACUGGUGGAAACGGAAAUGAGGCUUUUGCAUUUUAAAGAAGAUAUAGUCUUCAUCCUAAUUCUGUCAUCUACUUAGUACUUACAGAAAGAAUAAUUUUAGACUCCCCCCAUAAAGUUUCUUCCUUUUUUUUUUUUUUUUAUAAGUGCUACAACUUAUUCCAGUCUUUAAUCUCUGGAAUUUUGCUCUUUUAAGUUUGGAAGUUAACUAGCAUUUUUCAAGCCUUUAUCUUAUACCCUUGUCUUCCAUAUUAACUUUUUCUUAUUAUUCUUUAGGUGAGAAUGAUUGAUGUUGGCUGAUUUUGGAGUCUUUACUUGAAGUGGAAUAAGAUGUUUGUUCUCAAGAGACCACACAACAUGGGCCAACCAAGAAGGAAAUUCGUAUGUUUAGCCUGAAAGACAGUAAGGAUCAAGUGAGAGCUGUAUCAGAAAAUGAAUCAAGAUGAAAGAGGAAUGAACGUACUGACAUUUAAUAAAGAUAUUUUAAAAUCUUGA